UAAAUCUACCUUGGGCCUUUGGAAAUCACGUCUUCAUUCUUGCUGGCCGUCAUCUACAUUCUACUCAUCUUGCUUCUUGAAUCUUCUUCUUCAAGCAGACUCCCAUCUUCUUCAAUCUUGCGCCCGUCAUCUUGCUUCUUCUUCACCAUUCACGUUGAGACGUCGACAAGAAUCCAGACCACUGCCAUUCUUCUUCUUCACCGUUUUUAAUUGGAUUGUUAUUGUAUGAUAUAGAAUUUAAGGAAUAAUUUUGGAAUUUUAGGCUCAAUCAAGGAGGAAGGAGUUGCGGAGUCAGACUAAAGUGGUUCCAAUCAGCCUAGAUCAAGUCAGUAAUGCUUAUUCAUGUUGAUUUGUAAUUUGAAUUCAGAGUUCAGAUAUUGAGUCCAAGCUUUCAUGUUCUAUCCUUUCACCAUUUUCUAGUGGCAGUUUGGGGUUCAACAUAGUUUCCUACAUUUUGGCCAAUUUGGGCUAUUCAACAAGAUGGCACUGACCGACCAAGUUGAAAAUCAAGGGAACUGUUAUGAAAGUGAUGAAAAGUCACUAAUUGAACUGAAGGUGUUGUUUUUCGCCAGAGCUCGGGAUUUGACUGGAUUAGCUGAUAUGCCAUUGGAGGUAACCUCUGGUAGCACAGCUCGUGAUUGUUUAGAUAAGAUUGUUGCUCUGUUUCCAGGACUCGAAGAUUUAAGAGGGUGUAUGGUACUGGCUUUGAACGAGGAGUAUGCAUCUGAAUUAGCUAUCGUUAAGCAUAGGGAUGAACUAGCCAUCAUACCACCGAUAAGCGGAGGGUAAUAACUUAAGUUCAAAUUGUCUUUUUAUACCCUUUUUAACCUUAUGAUGUACUUCAAGCCUUCAUAUGUAUAAUAAUAAUGAAGUAGAAUAAAUGAGAAAAAAUAAUUAAUUGUCCAGUGUAAUAUAUAAGCUAUAGACUGGUGGAUUUGUUUAUACCGAACUGUACAAACAUAUGCACGCUACUGUUAAUCU